GAAUAUAGAGUACAAAGUGAAAUACUCCUUUAUGCAAAUUUUAUUUGACAUCGGAUAAAGAAAACACCAAUCCAAAUGAGUGGCGCUGGUAACGCCGCCGGCCGGAGUAGCAGCAGCACAACCGAAAGGAGGCGAAGAAGAAGGCCAACCUCGCCGCUGAAAGACCGUUCAGCAACGACUUCAUCCAAGCUAUCUUCUUCACCCAAACGAAGCACCUCACCAUCCGCCACUCUCCUCGACGACGACCCAGUCGCUCUCUUCGACGACUAUACCCACCCAAACCCUAACCCUCGAAGCUUCCCACACAGUGUCAAGCAGAAAUGCUGGGAGAAAGCUGACAAGAUCAAAGGACGAGACCCUGAUCGAUGGCGCAGGGACCCCCUCGGCAAUACUAUCUUUCGCAAGCUCGUAGGUUGCCCUGGUUGUCUCUGCCAUGACUAUGAUCACAUUGUUCCGUACUCCAAGGGGGGACAAAGCACACUGGAAAACUGUCAAGUAUUACAGGCAACAGUUAAUCGAGCAAAGGGUAACCGAACAGAGAUCUCAAGAGCUGACCUGAUGCAGAAGAGUUCUUAUUGCAGGGUUUCAGGUCGUGAUAUGGAUCUUCUGGAAUUGUCAGCUUAUGGCAAUGUACGGCAUGGACCAGAUUCUGGGGGAUGUAGAAUUCAGUGAACAUUUUAAUCCAUAUCAUUUUAUUGGUAGUUAAUUUCCCAUAUGGGGGUUGGAUGAUGGACCUUGUUGUAGCUAUUCACACUCACAAAUCUUCUAGGGCUCCAUUUGUACACAGUUUAAAUUGCAAAGAAAGCGAUAACAUUGGUUGACUAUCAAAUUGGAUCCUCUCCUGCAAGUGUUUUCUCCAA